UGUCUUCGCCAAUCGCCACCCCUGUCGAAGCGUGCGUCUUUCUAAACGCAGACAGAAAAAAUAAAUCCUGUCAAAGGCUAACAUUUAAUUGGUAAACACUGCUUGGGUGCGCCAUAUAGCAGGGAAUCAAACCCUCAAAAAUGCGAAGUUUCGAUAGGUAAGCAAAAAGCAAAUGUAUCGUGAGCACCUCAGUAGCGGGCGUCUCCAUUGCAGUGCCAGAUAUAAACACAAGCGAUCGGCGUCAUCAUCGUCAGCGGGGACAACUUCAUCCGGACACAAGGAUCGCAGGUCUGACUACGAUUACUAUGGCAGUCGCCGGCAACAGCGGUCCUCCUCUCGCCGACGCUCCCGUUCGGGUUCCUCCUCGGGGUCGCCGCCACCUGAGCCGCGUCUUCGCUCCGGACGUUCGCCACACGAUCGCGAACGUAUGCACAAGUCUCGCGAACAGCCAAAAGCAAGCCGCUGCAUAGGAGUCUUCGGACUGAAUACAAACACCUCGCAGCACAAGGUCCGCGAGCUGUUCAACAAGUACGGACCCAUCGAGCGCAUCCAGAUGGUGAUUGACGCACAAACACAGCGAUCCCGGGGCUUUUGUUUCAUUUACUUUGAGAAACUUAGCGAUGCCCGUGCGGCCAAGGACAACUGUUCUGGAAUAGAAGUGGAUGGUCGCCGUAUUCGCGUCGAUUUCUCUAUAACCCAACGUGCCCAUACCCCAACUCCGGGUGUGUAUUUGGGUCGUCAGCAGCGUGGAAAAGCUCUACGCUCAUAUUCGCCGCGAAGAGGACGCCGUCCGUAUCACGAUCGCUCCGCUUCGCCCCAUGACAACUAUAAUCGUGAUCGGGAUAAUUACCGCAACGAUCGCUACGAUCGUAAUAUCCGCAGGAGCCCUAGUCGCAACCGCUACACUCGCAACAGGAGCUACAGCCGUUCACGCUCCCCCCAACUACAUCGCACUUCAUCGCGCUAUUAGAGCGCCUGGGGAGGAGGGUAAGUUGCCCUUACUGGAUUGCGUCAAGCGGGCUGUAAAGGAGCAUACGACUGAAAUAUUGUGUUUUGGUGAAUCCCAUCCCAUCUAAUGCAUUUGGUUGGAGAACAGCUCACAACUAGACUAAUUCUCAAAUUCAUUUUUCACCCAAAACACCUUUUAAUCAUAAUUAUUCGUUAACCAUUAUUAAUGCUGUGCAAAAACAUAAAUUGUAAAUAUAAAAUCAAUUACCAACAUUACAUACUGAGGUCCGCAUAGAUUGUGAUAUGUAUUUUAAAGGAACUGCAGCAAACUGAUAAUGAUAACAACAUUAAACUAAUUUUAAUUAUAAAUGCAAUUGUGCAGCCGGUACAAAAUAAAAAUGAAUUUGUACACAAACUCUACAAUUAA